AUGUCAGCUGUGAACACUAAAUUCUAUCAGUUUGCCGUCCAGUUAAAUGAUAAAACGCAGGAACUUGAGCAGAAGAAGAAAGUAACCGAGGAACUUCUGUACCAAAUGAUCCCAAAGUCAAUAGCUCACCAACUACAAAACAAGGAAAAGAUCUCGGCAGAGUUCUUUGACGCAGUGACAAUAUUCUUUAGUGACAUUGUCGGAUUUACCUCUAUAUCUGCCCGAUGUUCUCCAAUGCAGGUGGUGGAAUUGCUGAAUAGUUUGUACUCCACUUUCGACAUUCGGAUAGACACUUACGAUGUAUACAAGGUGGAGACCAUUGGAGACGCAUACAUGGUUGCCAGUGGGGUACCCGAAAGGAACGGGGACAAGCACGCCGAGGAGAUCGCAACUAUGGCCAUAGAUCUACUGGCAGCUAUAAAACAGGUGAAGGUGCCCCACACCAAUUCCGACCACGUCCAGAUCAGGAUCGGAUGUCAUACAGGCGCAUGUGUAGCUGGCGUGGUCGGUCUGAAGAUGCCUCGUUACUGCCUGUUUGGGGACACGGUCAAUACAGCAUCGAGAAUGGAGGCAAACAGUCAACCAUUAAAGAUCCAUAUCAGCAAAGAUACACGGGACAAGCUUGAGGCUACCGAACGGUACACGAUGGAACACCGCGGAUUGAUAGAAAUUAAGGGGAAGGGACAGAUGAAUACGUACUGGCUGACCGGGCGACGGGACAUGGGAGAGGCCAACGAGAGUAUGGUCUGUAAGUGGAGGCCACGCAAGAAAAAGACGAAAAAGCUGGACAGCUCCUUGACUGUGGAUGAGUCGACUACAUCGGUAGAGUCGUCUCGAUUGGAUAUUCAGUCCGACUUAAGUUCACGGACCACAGACGACGAUGACAAUAUCACGACAGGAAGUACAGUUUUAGUGAAGGGAAAUAUGUGCGAAAUGAAGGCUGAUUUAAAAAGCGAAAAAUCUCAAUUAAAUGACGUUGAGAAUGUAUCGGCGGCCUCUACACAAAACGAGCCAAAGGAUGAAAGUAUAAAUCUUAGGGAUACCGAUAAUGCAGUAAUAUUAUUGCCUAAAGAGGACAUAUCACCAGUGUUGAGUGAUGUACAGAUUCAAGUCACUGAAGCGUCAUCUGACGGGAUUCCUGAUACAUCAAGUUACACUUGUGAACCGGAAACACGUAAUUCUUUGUCGACCUCGAACGACAGCGUUGAGCAAUCGCCCAACAUCGUUAAUGAAAUUAAAGGCCAAAGCGAUGAGCAUUGCUUAGACGAAACAACAACAGACAUAGCAGGUAAUCCAGCAGAGGACGAAACGACAACAGACCUAACAUGUAAUCCAGCAGAGGACGAAACAACAACAGACAUAACAUGCAAUCCAGCAGAGGACGAAACAACAAAAGACAUAACAUGUAAUCCAGCAGAGGACGAAACAACAACAGACAUAACACAAACAACUUCACUGUCAACAAAUAAGAGCUGUCCGUCACUAGACAAUGCCGUCCAUCCAUUAAAAACAAUAUACGAAGAUAUUAUCACUGUGGAGCCCUAUACAUAUACAGACGUCCAAACCAAUGACGGUUUGGCCGAGUGUCAAUUCAAACAAUGA